AUGACUUUGGCCGCUCGCCUCUGCCGGGGCCAUGUCUUUCGGAGGCCGAUGGUGCUGCGUCAAGUGACCCGUGGCAUGGCCCUCCACUGGCGACAUGGAGGCACACCCUCAGGUGUGGGCAUCGGCGGCAAUCGCGCACCCCAUGAUCUCUUGUCCGAGCUUGGCAACAUAUUCGCCAAGGAAGGCAUUACGACCUUGUCGUCUCUGUCAGCUUCUUGGUUUGCAAAGGCUGACCAGAAUGUCUCGAAGGGCUUGGACCCAGAGGAGUUUCGGGAGACGAUGGCUUCUGUGGGUUUGAAGCUAAGCGAUCCAGAGAGCGAGUCUCUCUUCGCGCACUUCGACACCGACAAGUCUGGCAUCAUCACGUACGGAGAAUUUGCCAAAGGGCUGCAAGGAGAGAUGCCUGCAUUCUCGGCUUCUCUGGCCUUCAUGCAUCAGCACACAGGGCAUUUUCCUUCAAACCAGGAAAGACUUCGGGCGGCAAGGCCUACGUUUGAUGAGUCGGAAACUCACGAGUGGCUGGAGUCGCUUGAUGCAGUUGUUCAGAACCUGGGAACAACGAGGGCCCGCUUCCUUAUGCAUGAGCUUAUGGAAGAGGCAUCACGCCUUGGUGUUCACAUCUCGCAGCCCGUAGUCACUCCCAUGGUGAACUCCAUUCCCACGUCUGCCGAACCCGCGUAUCCGGGUGACAGGGCCAUGGAGGACCGCCUUUCCAACAUCAUCCGUUGGAACGCAGCAGUCAUGGUCAGCGACGCAAACAGGCGAGGCGGCGGGGUUGGAGGUCACAUCGGCACUUUCGCGUCCAUUUGUGAUGUUUUGGAGGUCGGAAUGAAUCAUUUCUUCCGAGGGAAGGACUACGGCAAUGGAAGAGGGGAUAGCGUGUGGAUGCAGGGACACGCUGCACCCGGAGCCUACUCGAGAGCCUUUGUCGAGGGUCGGCUGUCGAUUGACCAGGUUAUGAACUUCCGACGGGAGGUCGCCGGCAAUGGCGUUUCCAGCUAUCCGCACCCUCGUUUGAUGCCACAUUUCUGGGAGAAUCCGACAGUGUCCAUGGGGCUGGGACCUUUGGGUGCUGUUUAUCAGGCCCGCUUCUUUCGGUAUCUUCAUUUGAGAGGUCUGGCAGACACCUCCAAGAGCCGUGUCUGGGCCUUCGUGGGUGAUGGAGAGAUGGACGAGCCGGAGUCCAUCACGGCCAUCUCAGUGGCAGGCAGAGAGCGCCUGAACAACAUGAUUUUCAUCGUGAACUGCAACUACCAGCGCUUGGACGGUCCGGUUCGUGGCAAUUCCAAGGUCAUGCAGGAGUACGAGGGAACUUUCCGUGGAGCUGGUUUCGAUGUCAUCAAGCUUAUUUGGGGCGGCAAGUUCAACGAACUCAUUGAGCAAGACCACGAUGGCAAGCUCAUUGAGGCACUAGAAGCCACAGUCGAUGGCGACUGCCAGCGCCUCCAUGCAAAGGCCGACGGUGCGCUGAUCCGCAAGGAUAUCUUCGAGAAGCACGGGCUGCUGGACCGUGUCGCUCACUGGAGCGAUGCCGAGCUGCUGGAGGCCUUCCAGGUCCCUGGUGGUCACGACCACUCCAAGAUCUAUGCAGCCUUUGCCCAGGCAGAACAGAACUCGGAGAUGGGAGGCCGACCCACAGUGAUUCUCGUCAAGACCCUCAAGGGCUACAGUCUGCAGACCUUCCUGGGAAGAAACACGGUUCAUCAGAAGAAGAUGAUGUCAGACUCCGACAUGAAGGCGUAUCGUGAUGCCAUGGGCAUUCCUCUGUCAGAUGAGCAACUGGGAAAAGCAGAUGCAGAAAACUUUGUUACGCUCAAGGAGGACUCCCCAGAGGUCAAGUACCUGAAGGAGCGUCGGCAGGCUCUGGGAGGCUACCUUCCCCUGCGAGCACCGGCGAAGGUUUCUGCACUGGUCGAGCUGCCCAAGCACGAUGUCUACGACAUGUUUGACACAGGAUCUAAAGGCAGAGAGAUCAGCACGACCAUGUGCUUCGCGCAGAUUCUGAGAAAGAUGAUGCAGGCUGGUGAGUUCGGACAGCGGGUGACACUGAUGGUCACGGAUGAGUCACGAACCUUCGGGAUCGAUGCAUUCUUCCCGAUCUUCAAGAUCCAUGCGCCCUUCGGGCAGAACUACACGCCGGUAGAUGCAGAUCAGGUUAUGAAGUAUGCUGAGUCACCCAGUGGGCAGAUUCUGCAAGAAGGCAUCAGUGAGGGUGGUGCUAUUAUGACCUGGAUCGCCUCGGCGACGUCUUAUUCGUCGCAGCACGCGCCGACACUGCCAUUCUUGAUUUACUACUCAAUGUUUGGAUUUCAACGUGUCGGCGACAGCAUUUGGCAGGCCGCAGAUGCACGAGCGCGCGGGUUCCUCAUUGGUGCGACUUACGGUCGAACCACGUUGAACGGAGAAGGCUUGCAGCACCAGGAUGGGCACUCGCUGCUCAUCGCGCACACCUGCCCGGCUGUGAAGGGAUACGACCCUGCGUUUGGCUACGAAAUGGCGGCAAUCAUCGAGAACGGUGUGAAAGAGAUGUGGGGCGAGGACAAGGAUGUCAUCUAUUAUGUCACGGCCUACAAUGAGAACAUGGCGAUGCCGGAGAAGCCUGAGGGUGUGGACGAAGGCAUCGUCAAGGGCUUGUACAAGUUCUCUGAUGCCAAGAGCGCAGACCACAAGGUGCGGAUCAUUGGCUCUGGCGCUAUCAUGAAGCAGGCCAUGGACGCCAUUGACAUCCUCGCAGAAUACGGUGUUGGAGUGGAGCUUUGGAGUGCAACGAGUUAUGGGGAGCUUCAGCGCGAAGCCAUUGCAUGCCAGCGACUAGAACGUCUCGGUGGUGAGGCGCCGACGUCGUGGGUGGAACAAUGCCUUGGAGAUGGAGGAGUCACUGUGGCCGUGUCAGACAACAUGACAGCCUACCCAAAGCUGAUCGCUCCUUGGGUGGGUGGCGAUUUCAUCGUCCUGGGAGCGGACGGCUUCGGCCGCUCGGAUACACGCGAGAACCUGCGGCGCUUCUUCGAGGUUGACAAGGAACAUGUGACCCGGCUGUCACUCUACCAAGUGCUUUUCGCAGCGGUACAGUAA